ACGGGGGCGGGCGCGAGCGCGGCGGCGAGCGAUAAGGCGAACGCGACGGCGAGCGACGCGGAGCCGGUGAAACUGCUGACGAGCGAUGAGAGCGAGAAUUUGUUGAAAAUACGACACACGAGCGCGCACGUGAUGGCGAUGGCGGUGCAAAAGGUGUUUCCGAGCGCGCAGUGCACGAUCGGGCCUUGGAUCGACCGGGGAUUUUAUUACGACUUUUACUACCCAGAGGGUUUCACCGAUCAAGACAUGAAGAAGAUUCAAAAGGAAAUGUAUAAGAUUAUUCGCAAGGAUUACCCGCUUCGCAGGGAGGAAGUGUCGCGAGAAGAAGCCGAACGCCGAAUCCGGGAGAUUAACGAGCCGUACAAGCUCGAAAUCUUAGAAGCCAUCAAGACGGAGCCGAUUACGAUUUAUCACAUCGGCGACGAGUGGUGGGAUUUGUGCGCGGGACCUCACGUGGAGUCCACGGGCAAGCUUGAUCAGAAAGCGUUCGCGCUCGAAAGUUUGGCUGGGGCGUACUGGCGUGGUGACGAAACGAAGCCGAUGUUGCAGCGCAUUUACGGCACGGCGUGGGAGAAUGAAGCACAGCUUCAGGCGUACAACGAUUUCAAGGCGGAGGCGAAGCGUCGCGAUCACCGAACGAUCGGUAAGGAUUUGGGUUUGUUCUCCCUUCAACAAGAUAACGCUGGCGGCGGCUUGGUGUUUUGGCAUCCGAAAGGCGCGCACAUGCGACACAUGAUCGAGACGUACUGGAAGGAUCUCCAUCUGGCGCGCGGGUACGAGCUCUUGUACUCACCGCACGUCGCCAGGCAAGAGUUGUGGAAAACCUCUGGUCACAGCGAUUUUUAUUCCGAGAACAUGUACCAGCCCAUCAAGGUUGAAGAUGAAAUGUAUCAGCUCAAACCGAUGAACUGCCCGUUCCACAUCGUCGUUUACCAAGACGGAUACUACUCGUACAAGGAUUUACCCAUUCGUUGGGCUGAGCUUGGCACGGUGUAUAGAUAUGAACGUAGCGGCACCAUGCACGGCUUGUUCCGAGUGAGAGGUUUCACGCAGGAUGACGCGCAUAUAUUCUGCCUCCCGGAUCAAAUCACAGACGAGAUCAAGAGCGUUCUCGAUUUGACUGAAGAAAUUCUGAGCACGUUUGGUUUUAAGGAGUUUGAAGUCAACCUAUCCACCAGGCCGGAAAAGUCUGUCGGCGACGACAAGAUUUGGGACACCGCGGAAGGUGCGCUUAAGGACGCAUUGCAAAUGAAGGGAUGGGAUUACAUCGUCGACGACGGCGGUGGAGCGUUCUACGGGCCGAAGAUUGACAUUAAGAUUUUGGACGCAAUCGGGCGUAAGUGGCAAUGCUCCACGGUGCAGCUCGACUUCAACCUGCCGGAGCGAUUCGACCUAUCCUACGUCGAUCGCGAGAACGCAAAGCAGCGACCAAUCAUGAUUCACCGCGCCAUUUUCGGUUCCCUUGAGAGAUUCUUCGGUAUUCUCACCGAGAACUACGCCGGGGAGUUCCCGUUGUGGCUCGCCCCGAUUCAAGUGCGCUUGCUUCCUGUGACGGACGAAGUCAGCGAUUAUACCGAAGGCGUCGCGAAAAAGCUCCGCGAUGCGGGCGUGCGCGUUGAAAUUUGCACCGGACAACGUCUCGCUAAGCUCGUGCGCACGGCUGAGAAGGCAAAGAUCCCGGUCAUGGCGGUCGUCGGUAGAGAAGAAGCGGAGAACAACACGUUGGCUGUGCGUACGUUCAAGGAUGGCGACGUCGGUACAUUGUCUGUCGACGAAGUGUUGUCACGCGUCACCACCGCGAACGCGACAAAGGGUCAAAGCUUCUAGGAAGAGUC